UCCGGAACUUCCGGUCGCUUAUGUCAAGUUAUAUUUGUAUCGAGAAAGUGUUUAUUGUGUUAUACUUAUAAUUUUAAACAUAUUUAGUGCAGGAGGCAAAUAUAAAUAGCGCACAGACUACCGGGUUGUGCAGCACAACCAGUAACAGAAACUGUCACCGACUUGCAUCAUGGCAGAGGAGGACCUUGCCGGAAACCUGGCCAACUAUCAGGUGCAGCUCGCGCAAGUCGAGGCGGCUCUGAUGAACGACGCCGACAACGAGGACCUCUUGAAAUUGCAGAAAGACUUGCAGGAGGUCAUCGACCUCACGAGCGACCUUGUGACGAACAAGGUGGACGCGGUGGCGCCGAGCGUGGCGGAGGAGACGCCGGAGCUGUCGUCGACGGCAACGACGACGAACGUCAGCGUGCCCGCCGUGUACGUCGCCGCCGACGCCCCGAGUUGGCGGCCGGGGGACCAGUGCAUCGCGCAGUGGUCGCAUGAUGGCGGUUGGUACGAGGCCGAGGUUGACGAGAUCACCGAGUCCGGCGACUGCACCGUCACGUUCGCCGAGUACGGAAACACGGACCUGACGAAGGUCACGUUGUUACGGCCGUCGGAGGCCGCGCACGGCCAGAAGAAUGCGGAUGGUCGACCCAAGUCGAAAAAGGACAUCAUCGCCGACCAGAAGGAGUACAAACGCAAGAAGGCGCAGAAGAAGGCAGCGCGGAUGAAGGAGAUGGAGGAGGAGAGGGAGAAGGAGAAGGGCAAGUGGCAAGACUUCAAUAGCAAAACGUUUGGAAAAGGUCAUAAGAAAGGCAUGGUCAAAAAGAGCAUAUUUGCGACUCCGGACAGUGUCACAGGGCGAGUAGGGGUGGGAACGUGUGGCGUUGGAGGUAAGCCCAUGACGAAAUACACCCAGUUAGAAAAGUGGAAGAAAUAGUAUCUCCUAAAACAGGAAUAGGCACCAAUAGCAGCUUCACAUGUUGACCUUUCUUAAACAUUUUCUGGCACUCAAGGAAGGUGCAAAAUUUAAUGGCGUGAAAAUUUUGCCAGGAGAAACUGUAAGCCAAUUCUUUCACACACCACAUCUGAAAACUUACUGCCAUAAACACUGCAUAAAAGAAAUAGUUUGGUUUGUGGUUGCUAGUGAUAAAUAUGUCAAAGUCAAGUUUGGAAAUUUGCUUUUACAUCACAUCUGUAAUUAUAGUUAAGGUAAUGUAACAAAGAUACACCAUUAUAAAUGGGAAGUAAGUUGAUAGAUGUAUUUCCAUUAUCUGAAACUGUUCAUUAACCUUUACACUCUGUACAAUAUGCACAUGCCUGCCAUACAAGAACAUUUAUAAUAUAAGGUAAUAUGAUGUAAAUGUUGUUCAUGGAUAUUAGUAAAAUGUCCAAUUUGAAAUCAACUCGCUUUUACCAAACCAAGUGCCAUACAUUGGCACCUGAUAAGGUACUUCACCGGUCUCAACUAGAACAAAUAUUUUAGUAAUACAGUUUUCAAUUUGACUUGUUUGUCACGGAUACAUUCCAAAGGAAAAGUUAAUUGAGCUUUCCAUGUUAAAUAAAUGGCCCGUUUCUCGUCAGAAAUGGUGAAGUGCAUAAUUGUGUGAACUAUUCUGUAACUUGUGUAUAUAGCAGUGCUUUAGAACAAAAAUAAAUGUAUUAAAUGAAUAGACCUUUCAA